GGCGCCCGGACGGUUUUCUCCGGAACUCCAGCCCUAGCGACGCGCGCCUCGUCGCUAAGGGCGGAGGCGCGGGAGACUGUGGAGCUGGGAGGCUGCGGACGCCGUCGGGCUCGGCGUCCUCCAUCGGCCUCAGCUCCCGGCCCGGCCAGCCCGCCGAGAUUAAGAAGUGGCUGCCUGAGCUAUUUUCCAAAGGAUAAACUUUACAAAGCAUUGAAUACGGCAGCUCACGGAGAAGAUCCUACUGGUUUGGGGGGAACGCAACUUCCAGCAGCCACAAGGGAUGCUGCUACUCAGGUGCCAUCUGAAACGAACUCUUCCCCAGAAGGUCUCGUGCAGGUUCUGUGCAGUGAUGGGGAAACUGCAGAGCAAACUCAAACAUAGCACUUAUAAAUACAGCAGGCCCGAUGGAUUUAUAGAAGAGAGAAUUCAAACUAAAGCUCUUCCAGAGUAUAGCCCAGCGCACGUGGAUUCCGUCUCUGUUGUUGCUGCCCUGAACUCAGACCUCUGUGUCUCCGGAGGAAAAGAUAAGACAGUUGUGGCCUAUAACUGGAAAACUGGAAAUGUGGUGAAAAGAUUCAAAGGACAUGAGCGUGAAAUCACCAAGAUAGCCUGUAUUCACAAAUCAAACCAGUUCUUCAGUGCCUCUCGUGACAAGAUGGUCAUGAUGUGGGACUUGCAAGGCUCCUCACAACCAAGGCAGCACUUCUCCGGCCAUGCCAUGGUGGUCACUGGAUUGGCUGUGAGUCCAGAUGCAUCACGGCUAUGCACUGGCUCCCGUGACAACACUCUGCUUCUGUGGGAUGUGGGGACCGGACAGUGUGCGGAGAGAGCUUCAGUCUCCAGGAACCUGGUCACUCACCUGUGCUGGGUCCCCAGAGAACCUUAUAUACUCCAGACCUCGGAAGAUAAAACCAUCAGAUUGUGGGACAGUCGGGGGCUGCAGGUAGCUCAUAUAUUUCCCGCAAAGCAACACAUCCAGACCUACUGCGAGGUCAGUGAGGAUGGACACAAGUGUAUCUCCUGCAGCAGCGGCUUUGGAGGGGAAGGCUGUGAAGCCACGUUGUGGGACCUAAGGCAGAUGCGGAACAGAAUCUGUGAGUACAAGGGGCACUUUCAGACUGUUGCGUCCUGUGUCUUUCUACCGAGAGCCUUAGCCACGAUGCCUGUGAUUGCUACCUCAUCACAUGACUGCAAGGUGAAGAUCUGGAACCAAGACACUGGGGCCUGCCUUUUCAACUUGUCUCUGGAUGGAUCAGGACCUUUGACUUCUCUGGCUGUGGCCGACACCAUCAACUUAUUGUGUGCAAGUUUCAGCAGAGGAAUUCACUUACUCAGGGUGGACCACAGCCGAGGGCUGGAACUGCGGGAAGUGGCAGCAUUCUGAGGCCAAGAGACCUUCACUGGACAAGAGCAAACUGUGCCCCUCCUUUCUCAGUGUGACUUUGUGUUUUUCCAUGUCCUCUUAGGGGGAGGGCAGUGUGGAGCUGGUAUUCUUUGCUUAGGUUCCCUUGGAAGGUUUAUCAGUGUUAGAAGUCAGUUUAAGUCUGGUGUUCAAAAUCAAGUGCAGAGAUUAGAAAUAUGGACUUAACCAUAAGGUUCUCAAACUAAGUUAAAUCCAAAUGCAAUUUUUAGUGAGCUUUGGGGACUACUCUUCAAAAAAAAGUUUAUGAACCUCUCACCUUUUGAGAUGGCCCACACUCUGUCCGUAGCAUGUGUUUCUACCAAGGCUGUAUCACCUUUUGAGGUGGACCACAUUCUGUCUAUGGACUGUGUAUCUCUAUAAAAAAAAGGUUAUGGCUCAGAAUGAUGACCUGUAGGUGUAAGAGUGAUAGGCCUCUGUCUGUGAGAGUUAGAACGCAGGUCUGAGUCUGUUGAACUGACCUUUCCUUUUCCACGUCUCCACAAAAGAAAAAAUGCAGCGGAGAGAGAAACUCUGUUUUGGUUCCCUCAUAGUUAUCUAGAUGGGAAAGAAUGGUACAGCUCCAUGGAGGAAAUGGACUGUAGACCUGUGAUUUAGCUCUAACUAAUCACGGCCCCCCAGCAAUGUGAAGAAUCAAAGUUGGGGCAAGAAAGCAAAAGCCUUGGCUUCUACUUGGCAUAGAAGCAGAGUGGGAGGUGGCAAAGCCCCAGACUGGUGCUAGGGCUGCAUGAUCACAAGACCUGAGAUGGCGUGAAGAGGCCACAACCGCAGCGCCUCGCCCAGCAUUAGCUGAGUUAUCAAACCCCUUCUGUGGAUAAGAAAAUGGAGAGAUUAAGGCUAAACAAAAUUUCAUUUGUGUAUUUUAAUAUUUGUACUUAGUUUUUUAUAACCCUUUCUAGGGAAUGCCCAGGUGUGAGGCAAAGGGAAUCUCUACAGUAACAAUAGAACAUAUAGAAAAAAGUAGAAAGAUGGACUCCACUGUGCCAGCCGCUGAGCCCCUCCUUAGGGAGGAGGGGCAGGGUGUGUGAAUCUGUCUUUGUGGCCCACAGGAGAUCAGUGCUCAGAGACACGCUUUCCUCCAGGAAACAGAGCCACUGCUGUCUUCAGGCAAGCCCGCACAUGAGGCAGCCGAGGCCUGGGGCAUCCCUUUCUGACGAGUCCCAAAGAAAGGUUUACCACGUGUCCUCUCUGGCCCCUGCUUGUGCCUGAUAGCAGUGCCUGGCAGCCAUCUUCCUGCUGCUCUUUGGGGCCAGCUCUCCCAUGCUGUCUGCAGUCACUGGGAAAGAGACUCUUAAGCUCAUGCAAUGCGUCAGAACUGAGUUGGACUCUCCAUUUUCCCACUUAGCUGGAUGAUCUUGGGAAAGCUAUAAACCUCAGUGUCCUCACUUAUAAUAUGGAGUUCAUAAUCAUGUGUUCCUCACAGGGCCGUUCUAAAUGCCAAGCAAGCUAGUGGGUACGUACAAAUGGCAGCCACAGCUCCUGACUGCCCUCUCUGUCCAGACUAAACACUGUCUUUCCCACGCGACACAUUCACCACUCCUUCACCCAUUCUCCUUAGUUCGUAGUUUCUAAACCUUUAGUCAUUGUUCAGCUUCCCUGUGAUUCCUUAAGUUAUGGAUCUUUGAGCUCUGGCAGGACAAAGCGGGUAGUGGGAGAGGAAGCUGCACCAUUGAGCACCUACAGGUGGCUGAAUACAUGUAUUCCCACUGCAGUUCUGUUAUUCCCAUGUCACAGAUGAGGAAGCUGAGGCCCAGGGGCAUCCAGUCUUCUGCCUGAGGUUACACACCUAGAGAGGAAGGGGAGGAACUGAGGGUGGAGCCUGGGUCUGCCUGACUUCCUCCUCACCCCUUUGCCUCUGCAUUAUGUCACAAAGUUCAUUUUAGAAAUUCGUAAACCAUGACAUUGUGUAUUUUCUAGACCAGUUAUUAACUUUUUGGCUCCAGGGAGAUCCUCCUGGCCAGGUGCCUGGGAGCAGUAGACAGGUGUCUCAGGAAAAGCCCUAGCAAAUCCUGAACCAUUAGUGCUACAGCUGAGCCUUUUUUUCUAGAAGGAAAGCAGAAAAUCCAAGGGAGUGGGUUGGGAGGGGGUCCCAGGGAAGGGGAACAGAGGUAAGGUAUGUGAGAAAAUAGAAGGGCUCUAAUAAGCCCAGUUCUAUUACCAAUAAAACUGUUUCCCUACACCCUACACAUGCUUGAUGUAAAAAUUCCUUAUCUGUGCAUUUUAAGUAUUUAGAAAAUAGAAUCAUAAAUGCAAAAGUUUUUAUAGGAUUUUUCAGUCUUAUAUGCCCUAAUCAGGUACUCUAAGCACCUAAGAUACAAGCUGCUGAAAUGCAUUCAUUUGUUCAUUGAACGCUUCUUGUUUUAGAGGCUAUUCCUCUAAAAUCAUAUAAGGGAAUUUUUCAAAGACAGUUGGCUUUUUUCUUUUUUUUUUUCCGCUGUGCUGCAUGUGGGAUCUUAAUUCCCCGACCAGGGAUCAAACCCUUGUCCCCUGCAUUGAAAGUGUGGAGUCUUAACCACCAGGCUGCCAGGGAAGUCCAACUUUUUUCUAGGAAAGUAUAUAAGCCCUUGGAAUCUGGUCAAUUAUAUUUUAAAUUUUUUUUUAAUUUAUAUAUUUACUUAUAUAAAUUGAAAAUAUUUAUAUAUUUAAAGAAAAUGCAUGGUGAUUAUUAACGACCUUCUUAUUUAUUUGGUUUUUUGGCAGCUUAAAUUAUCCUAUAAGAGGACUUUAUUUUUACUAAAAGGUUAAAAAUAACCUGGAAAAGAGUGAAUUUUUUCUUUCAAAUAGCUACCAGCAAGCACUGUGAUGCGGUGAAUACCAUCGGUGUCCCCAGAGUAUCAGAGAAGUCCCCAUUAUCGCUGUCUUCCUGAACAGUGAUUAUUAAAGAGGGUUUCUCAGGACUUCUGAGUUUACAGUCACUGAAAUGGAAAUAAUGUUCAGUCUUCUGGCUGUAGCAGCAGAAAUGUACCUUCAGAUGUGUGUUUUCAGCACUGGCAUUGAGAGACCUGUUGUUUUCAGUCUGUAAUGACCUUCAUUUUGCCUCAGGAAUUUCAAGUAUAGGUCACUUUUUUUUUUAGUCUUUUAACACUGAGAGGAAGGAACUUAGCUUUUUCUGAGUGGCCUUUUGAAAGCAUAAUUAUUAAAGAACAGCUUCAUCAUUAAAAACACAGCAGACUGCUAGUUGUUCCUGAAAUGGGCACUUCUUGGCACAGGCUGUCCAGCUAAGACAGCAUGCCCAGCUAGGCAGAGCGAUGAGAAGUUGGUGUCAGUGAAUUGUGAGGGAAGUGAUGUGUGUAAUUUCCAGCUUAUUAGCUCGAAAGGAGCAUGUUUGUCCAGGAUUUCCCCUCUGGGUCCCUUCCCACUAGCUGGGAUGCAGACUGCCAGGAACAGCUUCAGCUAUUCAGAUAAGGACAAAUUGAUGGAAUCCAGGGCCCCAAAUAACCUCCAGGAGCUGAGCUGUUCCAACAGCCUGACCAGCUGGACUGUGACUUGGAAGAGAACAUCAUUCUUUUCAAGCCACCAUAUAUAUAUAU